GGCUGUCUGCUGUUAAUCGAUAUUCAAUCAAUAUAUUAAAUAAUCAGUCAUUGUUCAAAAACAAAUCAUCUUCUUCUUCUUUUUCUUCUUUUUUUUCUUUUUUUUUCUUUCUCCACCACAUCACCGUUCACCUGGUCAACUCAACUCAGCUUCUUGAAUCCACAACCUCUUCCCCGUUCUCUGUUCUCCGAUGGAAGCCAGAUUGGGGUUUGUGGUGGUUCCCCUUGUGCUAUUUUGUCUUGUGUUGGCAGCAGAAUCGGCGUGCAGGCAGGGUUGCUCUCUGGCGCUGGGCUCCUACUACAUGUGGUCGGGCUCCAACCUCACCUACAUCUCCGAGGUCAUGUCCUCUCCCCUUCUCACCACUCCCGACGACAUAGUCCUCUACAACAAGGACACCAUCCCCAACAAGGACAGCGUUCAGGCCUUCAUAAGGGUCAACGUCCCCUUCCCUUGCGACUGCAUCGACGGUCAGUUUCUCGCCCACACUUUCCAGUACGAUGUUCAAACGCAGGACACCUACGAGUAUGUCGCCAGGACCGUCUUCUCCAACCUCACCGAUGUUACCUGGCUCAGGAGGUUUAACUCCUAUGAACCGAAUAACAUUCCCGACACCGGCACGCUCAACGUCACGGUGAAUUGCUCUUGUGGGAACACCGAUGUUGCCGAUUAUGGCUUGUUCAUCACGUACCCUCUCAGAACCGGGGAGACUCUCGGUUCGGUGGCUGCUGAUGUCAGCCUUGACUCGGGGUUGCUGCAGAGGUACAACCCUGACGUCAAUUUCAACCAGGGGAGUGGACUCGUUUAUAUUCCCGGAAAAGAUCAAAAUGGUAGCUAUGUGUUUUUGCCGUCCAGUUCAGGAGCAGGUCUUGCUGGUGGGGCUAUUGCUGGAAUCGCUGUUGGAGUUGUGGCAGUUCUUCUGGUAUUAGGAGUUGUUAUAUAUUUUAGAAUAUUCAGGAUGAAGAUACAGAAGGAAGAACUUUCACGAGAUUCUAGUGCACUAUUUGCUCAAGAUGGGAAGGAUGAAGCUUCUCGUAGUAGUGCGCAUGAAACUUUAGGACCUGGUGGUCCUGCCGCCAUCACAGGCAUAAAAGUGGACAAAUCGGUGGAAUUCACAUAUGAGGAACUGGCAACUGCCACAGAUAACUUUAGUUUGGCAAAUAAAAUUGGUCAAGGAGGUUUUGGGUCAGUCUAUUAUGCGGAGCUGAGGGGAGAGAAAGCUGCAAUCAAGAAGAUGGAUAUGCAAGCAUCAAAAGAAUUUCUUGCUGAAUUGAAAGUCUUGACACGUGUUCAUCAUUUAAACCUGGUGCGGCUGAUUGGGUAUAGCAUCGAGGGCUCUCUUUUCCUUGUCUAUGAAUACAUUGAAAAUGGAAACCUAAGUCAACAUCUGCGUGGUUCAGGUAGUAGAGAACCACUGCCAUGGGCUACACGUGUGCAGAUUGCUUUGGAUUCUGCCAGAGGUCUUGAAUAUAUUCACGAGCAUACAGUGCCUGUAUAUAUUCAUCGUGACAUAAAGUCAGCAAAUAUAUUAAUAGACAAAAACUUCCGGGGCAAGGUUGCUGAUUUUGGAUUAACCAAACUUACAGAAGUUGGAAGUUCAUCACUUCCUACUGGUCGUCUUGUUGGAACAUUUGGAUACAUGCCACCAGAGUAUGCUCAAUAUGGGGAUGUUUCUCCCAAAGUAGACGUGUAUGCUUUUGGAGUUGUUCUUUAUGAACUCAUUUCGGCUAAGGAAGCAAUUGUCAAGACAAACGACUCUGUUACUGACUCAAAAGGCCUAGUAGCUCUGUUUGAUGGAGUUCUUGGUCAGCCGGAUCCCACUGAAGAUCUCUGCAAACUAGUUGAUCCAAGGCUUGGGGAUAACUACCCAAUUGACUCUGUCCGCAAGAUGGCACAGCUAGCCAAAGCAUGUACACAAGACAAUCCCCAACUACGUCCAAGUAUGAGAUCCAUUGUGGUUGCGCUGAUGACACUUUCUUCAACUACAGACGAGUGGGAUGUUGGUUCCUUCUAUGAAAAUCAAAAUCUUGUGAAUCUAAUGUCAGGAAGAUAGGAUGAUAGAGAUCAAUUGUUUUGUAUUUACAAUUACACGUUUUGGACUAAUUUUAGGCAACACAAUUGUUGAAGCAUGUGAUGUGUGUAAAAUGGAUGUAGCAUUCAGGAAUUUGUACUUGGAUUCACUAGAAAGGGAUAGAGUUUAACAUUUAUCCUCGUAAAUUUGUAAAAUAAAUUAUAUUUGAGGCAUAUUUGAUUGGCAAAGGUUCAUGGGUGUUACUGUCGCAAA